AUGUUACGAGAGUUACUUGUUAUAUUUUAUCUUGGUGGAGUAUUGACAAUUCCUCCUCCUCCUCCUCCUUCGCCACAUUCAUUGUCCAAUGAUGAAUGGUGGAGGGAUACAUUUAUUUAUCAGGUUUAUCCAAGAAGUUUUAAAGACAGUGAUGGUGAUGGGGUAGGUGAUUUAAAUGGUGUUACUGAAAAACUUGAUCAUCUUGUUGAUAUGAAUAUUAGUGGCUUAUGGCUUUCACCAAUAUUCACAAGUCCAAUGGUUGAUUUUGGCUAUGACAUAUCAAAUUUUACUGAUAUUGAUAAAACAUUUGGCACUAUUGAAGAUUUUACAAAAUUAACAUCAGCAGCACAUUCACGUGGUUUAAAAAUAAUACUUGAUUUUGUGCCAAAUCAUAGCUCAAAUGAACAUCCAUGGUUUGCCAAAAGUAUUAAAAAAAUUAAACCAUAUGAUAAUUAUUACGUAUGGAAAGAUGCUAAAAUUAUUAAUGGAACAAGACAACCACCAAAUAAUUGGCUCAGUAUAUUUUUUGGAUCAGCAUGGGAAUGGAAUGAAGAGCGUCAACAAUAUUAUCUUCAUCAAUUUGCAAUUAAACAACCAGAUUUAAAUUUUAAUUCACCAGAAUUACGUAAGGAAAUGGAAAAUGCAAUAUUAUUUUGGGCUGACAGAGGUGUUGAUGGUUUUCGUAUUGAUUCAAUGCCAUACAUGUAUGAAGAUUCUGAAUUUCGUGAUGAACCAGUUAUUCCUAAUAAUGGAUUGCAGCCAGAUGAUCCUGCAACACUUGAUCAUAUCUAUACAAAAGAUCAACAGGCAACGUAUGAUUUACUUAAAACAUGGAGAAAUGUUCUUGAUUCUCGUGGUGGAGAAAAAAAAAUAAUAUUAGUUGAAGCAUAUGCAACACUACCAUUGACUGUUAAAUAUUUUAAUUAUGGAGCAAAUAUACCAUUUAAUUUUAUGUUUGUAACUGGAUUAAAUAAUCAUUCAAGUGCUCUUGAUUUUAAACGUUCAAUUGACCAAUGGACAAGCAAUAUUCCCAAGGGUAAUUUUGUUUCAAAUUGGGUUGUUGAUAAUCAUGAUAAUCCAAGAACAUCAGCAAGAUUUGGUGUACAACGUUCAGAUCAAAUAUCAAUGCUUUGUGCAAUACUUCCUGGUGUUGGAAUUAUUUAUAAUGGAGAUGAAAUUGGAAUGGAAAAUGGUCCUGUAUCAUGGAAUCAAACAGUUGAUACACAAGGUUUAAGUGCUGGACCUGAUCGAUAUAUGCAAUUCUCAAGAGAUCCAGAGCGUACACCUUUUCAAUGGGACAAUACAACAAGUGCAGGUUUUUCAUCAAACAUUAAAACAUGGCUUCCCGUUAAUCCAAAUUAUAAAAAUGAUAAUUUAGCUGAACAAAAAAAAUCAUUGACUUCACAUUAUUCUAUUUUCAAAAAACUUGUUUUAUUAAAAUCUUUACCAAUUAUUAAAACUGGUACAUCAGAAGUUAUUUUAGCUGGUAAAGAUAUUCUUAGUGUUGUACGACGUCAGCCAAAUAAAACACCAGUAGUUUUACUUAUUAAUUUUUCUGACAAGUCUAUCACGGUUGAUGCGAGUGCAUGGUUAAAUAUACCUGACUCGAUGAAUGUAUAUGUAGCAAGCGUUGGAUCAAAUAUAACAUUUGGUUCUCGUCUAGACACAACUGCAUUGCAAUUACCUGGUGCUGCAUCACUGAUUUUAAAUUAA